AAUACUCUCUGUGAUCAAAGUGAAUGAGUUGGAAUAAAAAAGUCAGGAUUGACAUUGAUAGCAUGAUUUAAACCGUGCAGAGUAAUCAAACCUUACUGCAAAAUUAAUAGGGCAAUAGCAGAAACAAAUACAAGAAAGUUCAUUGUCUGAGAAACCAGAUACAUCUGAAUGAGAGAGAUGUAGUACAGCACUCCCAGAGGAGUAGUUGAAAAGGUCUUCAGUGUGUGCAAAGAAAGGAUGGGGCCUGGCUUCCUAAAGCACAGUGUUUCGGUGUGUUGUCGUCCAUCACUUUGAGUCACUCCUGUUACAAGGCUGGAGUUAUGUAUUUGCAUUAGGCUGAGAUAUUGCUAGAGGCUGUUGACAGGUGUUCUUGUAAAACAGUACCUAGCAGAUAGGUGAGACUGAACAGUCUGCAAAAAGCAUUUCUAAUUAUCAAAUGUUCAAAUCUGUAAUUCAAUCCAGGGAAAGUAAAACAACGGUGAGGGGGAAGGGGAGUGUUGAAGCACAGAUCCAAAUUCAGCAACAAAAAGAAAUGGGGAAAGUAAGCAGGGUGCAGUUAAGCCCUUGAAAUGAAGGAAAGGGAGGGCUCUUCCCCCCUGCCUGGGGCACCCCGCACUGAUGCUGAAGGCCAGGCCCAGUGCAGGGCAGAGCAGAGCUGCAGUGGUCGUGCAGGCAACUCCAUGAGCUAAAGAAGGCUGAAAGACUGAAGAAAUGCUCAGACUUCUGAAGAUGUGUUUCUUAUUGAUAUUAAUGAAUCCUGCUGAGAUUACUCACAGUCAGAAUUCUGAAGGUAAGACUAAAAAUCCUAUGUCAGGAAUGUAUUCUGUGUGAUGGAAAAAGCUGUGUUUAGUAAGUAGAUUCAAAGUAGAUUCAGUGCUGUUUAGUAAGUAGGAGGCUAUUCUCUGCUCUCAUGGCCUCAAGGACUAUACCAAAGAAUUUAGACAGAAUUACUUAUUAUUUAAUAGCUUUUUAUUUUCAGCGUCCUUCUGUAAGUACAUUUAAUCAAAGCUGCAGUAAUGUGUGACUGUAAAUUGUGUGUAUAUAGUUGUGGUAGCUGCACGAGAAACAUUUUUGUACAGCAACUGAAUGGUAAACUGUCCAUCACCUUUUAGUAACAUGAUGAUCUUUUACAGAUUUGCCUCCACUGUUACACAAAGCUGCGGUUAGUAUUUUUACUUGGUCUCUCUAAUAACAUUUAUAAUAUAAUCUGAAAAUAACUGAUCACACAUCUUUAUUUUUUUUCUGAAGGAGGAAGUAGUGACUGGGAAAUACCUAAAUGGUAAUGUGCAAAAUUGUUCCCAUUUACGUUGCUAAAAGGAAUUAAAACUCAGUAUCUCGCUGUAACUCUUUCGUUCCAUUUUUUACAUGUAGCUCUCCUCGAUGUUCUUCAUUUUCAGAGGUAAUGUAUUACUCUCACCAUCUUGAUUGUCAGUAUCAUCGUGCACUUCACGUCUGAUCUGUUUCAUUUCCACAAAAGCUGAAACAUUAUGAAAUUGCUACCUGCUUACUUUGGUCUAGAUCUGCUGUGAGGAAUAUUUUGUCCUAAUGAGGAAAAAGCUGUUUUUUCAUGAUAAAGCAAAAAGCAAGCAGAGGUUGAGGCUGAGAAUCUGAAUGCAUGUUUUCAAAAAUCUUGAUAAUUAACUUAGUUCAUGUAUUUCAGAAUGGCUUCUUACUGGUGCAGUUCCAGUGUGCAGUCAGUUUCCAGUCCUGCUUCACCCUCCAUCCAUCCCUCUUCCUCCAGCUCUUGGUGACUUUGUAAUUAUUGCCAAUUUUGUCUAAAUAUGGAAGAGAAUAAAAGCCUCAAUUCCACCCUGGUGUAUUUUGAGAAAAUCUGGGUGUGUAAAGAAGAAACACUGACAUUAAUAACACUGCUGGGGAAAAGGCAGUAGAAGUUAGUCCUCAUCCUUACUUUGGAUAAGCAGAUCAGAAGAGGUAUUACGAGGAGCCACCACACAGCUCAUCUCAUGCCAGGCAGCAUGUCAGAAAAUUGAUAUUAUUAGGGAGGGGAAAUGGAUUUAGAAAAAAAAAACCAACACAUUCCUAAUAGAUUUCUCUUCUAACUAUUCAUUGCAUUCAGUAUGUUGGCUGUUAAUCUGAUUAGGCCAAGAUUACUUGUGUAGUUUAGUUGUUACUGAUAGUGUUUGCUUCUCUUACUGUCUUGACUAAAUCAGCUAUUUUAUAUGCUAUAUUAUUUUGCUGGCACUUUUGGUCCUGUUUUCUCUUGCAGUUCUAAUGUAUGGACAGCAGAUAUGGUUACAAAAGUCAUGGCAUAUUUCCAUGCCCGAGAGGUUAAGUUUACUCUUCUCAGCCUACAGACAUCCAUACAGAGUUACUUGAAGAACCUUUUAUACCAGCCCAGGCAUCUGCUGUCUGCAUUUCAACAACUUGAUCAACAGCAGUUCCAGACUGCAAUGAAGUAUCUUUUCAACAGCAGAAAGGACUAUCUUGAAAUUGGAAAUGUUAUCCUUGAUUGGGAAAAGACUCGGGAGAGAAUUUUCCAAAUUCCAGGAGUGAACAGAACCUUGUUUCUUAUAACACUGGAGAAAUGCUUUCUGGCUCUGAGGGCUAUGGACUGUGUAGAUAUCCUAAGCCAGAUUUUGCGAAUGUCAGCGGUGAAUUAUCUCCAACCUGAUGUCGUUGGGAGUCUCCCAAAUGAUUUGCAGGAAGAUGCUUUCAGAAACUUAUCAACUGUAUUUAAGGACCUCUAUGACAAAACCUCAGCAAAUACACAGAAAGCUCUGUAUGGCUGGAUGAAGGAGAUUCUACAAAAACCCUAUAACAGAAGUGAUUUCAAUGAAUCAGCUUCAUGGGUCAGUGCAGAAAACUUAUGGAUUUUAGGAAGAUACAUGGUCCAUCUGCCUUUGGAAGAAAUUCUGAAAAUUAGUCUCAGUGAAAUAAGACUAUUCAUUAGCUACGACAAUGCAACAAAGCAGUUGGACACAGUGUAUGAUAUCACACCAGAGCUUGCACAAGCCUUCCUGGACAGAAUAAACUCAUCGGGAUUUGAUGUGAGAAACACUUCAACUGUCUACAGGCUAGGUUUGUUGGUUUGCUUUUAUGAUGACAUGGAACAGAUGGAUGCCGCUGUGGCCCGGGCUUUACUUCAUCAGAUGAUUAAAUGCAAUCAAUUAAAAGGUUUCCAGGCCAAGGUUCAGAAGCUUAAAUCUCAGCUCCUGAAUAUUGCCAUGCAGAACCAGACAUUGAACGAUACCCUUGGAUCGCUGUCAGAUGCUGUGGUUGGGCUGACUUCAGGCCAGCUGGAAUCUUUGUCACCUGAAGCAGUGCAUAAUGCUAUUGCAACACUAAACCAAGUCUCUGGGUGGGCAAGAAGUCAAGUUAUGAUUUUAUCCAGUAAAUAUCUCUCUUACGGAAAGGUUUUAUCAUUUUAUAAUGUUAGCCAAAUGGGUGCACUGGUGACUGGUAUUAGCACUGAGUCAUUCUACAGAAUGAACCCAAAAGAGCUUUCUCAGGUCAUUCGAGGCACGACAUCCCAGUACUCAUCAGACUUAUCUCCUGCACAACAGCAGGGGAUCCUCAGGAAGAUAGCUUCAUCUACAGAUUUUUCUUCACUGGUCACAGAUAUACAAGGAGCUUUCUUUAGAGAAAUAUCUCUUUCUGAUUUAUGGAAGGAGAAUGGAUAUAAUUCUUCAAUGAUGAAAGAAAAAGAGCUAAGAAGCAGCCAGGCCUUGUAUCUGUAUGAGUUACUGUCUAAGAAAAGUUCUUCUGUUGACCUCCUAAGUACAGGACAGCUUCUGAAAGGAGUGACUUGUCAGCUGAUUGAAAGUAUGGGCACAGACUCUUUUUUAAACCAUUUUGAAGUCUUCAAAAAUAAUCUUCAUCUGCUUUCCCCAUAUCAGGUUAAUUGUUUGGCUUGGAAGUUUUGGAAAGUCUCCAACGCGUCUAUUCCUCCCUUCUUCUUCUUGGUGCUUCCGAUUGAGUACCUGGAGUACAUUUCAGGCCCUCUGUGUGUCCCAUUCAUUGAAAGCCUUGGGAAGACUGAGAUGGAUCUCUUGAGUCCAAGCUUUCACAAAAAAGAAGCUGUGCUGCAGAAAGUGCAGGAAUGCUUGAAUGGCUCCAUUGCUGAUGAAUAUGAUGUUGACCUACUUGGAAAUCUAAUCUGCCACUUACCUCCAGCUUUCCUGCAUGGCAGAAUGUCCCUGAAGGCAAUGGCAACAGCCCUUCAUCAAUUCAAACUCUGCCGACAGCUCAGCCACGAACAGAAAACUGAAAUUAAAUACAAGCUCCUCGAGUUAUAUGGCUCUCCAAAGAACUGGACAGCUGAAACGACAUUAGAUGUUGGACCAUUCAUAGCUCAGUUGUCAAAAGGAGAACUAAAUGUCCUUGCUGAAAAGUUUCCAGAUAUCAUUUUGCGAAUAGCAAAGACAAUUGGGCCACUUUCUUCAGCUGAAGAGCUUCUGUCAACUGUAUUUGAAUCUGUCUUCAAUGCCACUGCCAACAUGGAACCACAUCUCGGCACACCAGAUUGCCUGGGAACCAGAGCCCCUUCUUCAGAUGAAAUUAUUAAGUUAGCAGAAGCAAAUGUCUAUUGGUCAGCUCAGGAGCUGAAAUGCAUGGAUGCAGGGACUUUUGACAAAAAUGUGGAACUUCUUGGGACUGUCUCUGGUUUUAACAACUCCCAACUUAUGGCCUUGAAGGAAAAAGCCAAGCAGGUUUGGGGGUCGCUGCUAGGCUGGAAGAGCUACCAUAUUGUUUCUCUGGGGCGUAUAGCACUGGCACUCACUGAAAAUGAAAUUGAAGAGCUAGAUUUACAUUCAAUUGACACCAUUUCUGUCCUCAGUCAACAAGCAGAAUGGACUCUUGCCCAGGCAAGAUCUAUUUUGCAAAGUUUUCUAGAAGAUUCUGGGCGAACAAUGAGUACACUAAAAAGCUUUGAUUUAGUUGGAUUGGGAGCUAUUCUCUGUGCUCUGAACUCCACUGAAAUCAUGUCCAUAAGGACUGCUGAAUUCAGUGCUGCUGUUGCAAGAAUUGGCCUCUUGCUGUGUAGCACCCCUGUUCUGAGGCAGUUUAAGAAGAUAACAGAGUCUGUGUUUGGAACUGCGACCAGAUGGAAUGGCUCUGUGUUACAGGAAAUUGGUACUAUAGCAGGUGGUUUGAAUGAGGAUGAAUUAAAAGCUUUUGAUAAAAACCUGAUGCCAUAUUUGCAGCCAAUAGCAGUAAGAAGUAUACCUGCUGAAAUUUUCCAAGCAUUGUCACCAAAACAAAUAGCAAACCUGGGCCCUGAAAAUGCUGCUAUGGUUACAGAAUCACAGCGUGAGCAUCUGAGUGCAUCACAGCUCCAGAGCCUUCAGCUGGCACUGGAUGGAGCCAGGACCAACAGCCCGGAGGCACCCACCACUGCUUGCAUACCGCUGUCGAGGCGACCCCCAGCUCCAGGUGGUGCUCCCCGUCUGAGCAGCUUCAGCAUCUGGUUGUGUGCUUUGUUCACACUUGCACGUGCCUCUCUGAAUCCAUGAGUGUUAAGCUUAUGUGUUCUGGAGAUUGCGAAAAGGAGGUGCUGAAGAUCUGCAGCUUAGCACAAAGAGCAGAAUGAAGAGGCGCUCAGAUGCCUGAGUGCAACCUGGUUAAUUUCUUAAAAGCAACACCUUCAUCUGGCAUCAUGAUGUGAAGUAUCUGCUUUGCUUUACCAUUAACAAGUAAGAUGGAAUCCCUCCAAAUACUUCAGAACAAAUUUCAAAAUUGCAAAUGCCUUAUAUGUGUCAUGAGAAAGUUACUGGAAGAUAAGCGUAUAUGUUAGAGAGGAGCCUGAAUGACACAGAGGAUGGGCAGCUGAUGUAUUUUAUCCCAGUCCUUCUUAUUCUGGUUUAUUUGGUCAUGCUAUUUCAAUCCAUCUGUUGCAUUUUGUUCCUAUAGUUUGUAGCCUCAGGACAGAGGCUCUUUCUGUGUGGCAAAUUAGAAGCCACGCUAAAAGCUACUGCUGUUGCAAUAAAAUAAUUUCAUUUCUGGGCCAGUAGUUUAAAUCCUGCUCAGCUAAGAAGUAGUCCUGUGAUCUUAUUUAAGCAUUUUUAAUAAAUGUAUUCCCCACAGCUGCAUAUAUACAACACAGGAUUGUUACCACAGAGGGCAGUGCAAUACUGUUUGUAUUUGAUGUGACAAAAUGCACCAUGGAAAGCUUAUUAUUUUUAUCACAAGAUGACCCUCCAGUUUGGUCAGGGUUGAAGGAUACAGCUAGAAACUAUAGGAGAAAACUGUUCACUGGGACUAUGUACUACUAGGACUGUCAAUCCAGCACUUUCCACAAGGUUUGUAAUAAUUUAUCAUAACUAUGAAUCACAUAUAGUUGUAUGUCUAAUGCCUUUCAUGUCAGAUAGAAGUAUUUUAAACUAUGGAAAAAGAGAUAAAUUAAAAAUUCGCUGCAUGUAAAUAGACAUCGUUGUGUUCGUCAGCAUGUUUUUAUGCCAAGAAUUCAUGGUACCAUCUUCCAUUUUGCCAUUGCAAAAGUCCUUAUUCUGGAAUUGAAGAAAGGCAUUGAUCACUCUUAAAAGUUCAGCUUCUCCAUUUAGGGCUGUGCUGUAGUAAAUGUCUUUCAGACUUGUAUUUGAAUUUCUUUAUGGCAAACAUCAAAUCUAGCUUCUUUGCACUGAAAGCAGAUUUGAAAAGUUGCUACAGCUGGGGAAGUGAUAAGAAUAAGGCAGGAGAGAAGCAGCUGCAGCUUCUUGCUGGGGAAGGGUAGGCUUUUGCUGUUGCUGGGAGUAACAGCUCCCACCACAGGCCCAGGUGGUCUGUGACUCCUGCAGCAGCAACAGGAGCCAACCUGAUUUUCAAGACUGUUAUUGGCAAAGGAAGCAGUGAGAGCAUUGCCAUUUUUCACCCCUUCUUGUUCCAUCUUCCCCUUUAGCAAUCUGCUGCUUUAGGAACUGCCUUUGCCUAUCUCUAACCCUAGAAAAUGUGACAUGAUGUUGAACAGUACUACAUGCAUUGCAUUUAUGAGCAAAGAACUACUAUUGCUGCAAGUUGCCUUGCAACUUUUUCUCUAGCACUAAUGAUAAAAUAUCAGCAUUUUCCCCACUGCAUUUCCUUUUCUGCAUGUAAACAAUAGAUUGUGGCCUUUCCUUAAAUAGAAAUAAAUCCCAGCAAAUACAUGCAAGCACCCACUAAAGCAAAAAACGCUUUGAUGGAUCAAACGCAUUAUACUUAUCUGUAUUCUCAUCUUAAAUCGUCCUGCCUCAUUGAAAUGUGAAAGCACUAAAAGGUUGUUUGGUUUCCAUAAAUUACUUGGCUUGAAUUUUGUGUACACUUCUGUGAAGAUGCAGGAGAAAUAUUGUCAUAGUCAAGAAGAGGCAGCAUUUCCAGUUCACUGUGAAGAUACGUGACUGCCCCAUACCAAGUGCUUCAGAAAUCCAUAUGAGCUGAAAAUACUCUUCUGUCAACGUACCUGGGAGUGAUUCUGUCUGCAGUUAUGUGAGUCGAGAGUUGAGCUUUUAAUUGGAGCAGGAACGAGCUCUUUGUUUUGUGCCAUCUGUGCCGUAAUUUCUUUCAAGCACAAGUGCUUUGGAAUAGCUGAACUCCUUGCCUGUCUCGGGAUCAUCACCACCCAGUUUGUUUUCCCAUAACACAGCUUUCAGUCCCAUCCUGUUUGACUGGGAUCUUGUUAGAAGUCCCAUUCUAUCUCCCCACCUUGAAACAGAUGUGGCCAUGCCUUCUGCGUGUGCCAGCUGAAACAUGUGGGGAUAUGGGAGAGAUCCCACUAACUCAAAGAACUCUUGUUUCACGACUCAGGAAUAAGCAAGGAAUUAACCAUUACUUGGAGUGAGUCACAUGAAUAGAUAAUUCCAUAGCACUGAUCACAGGGCAUGUGCUGGUAUUUUGGCUCUUACCAUGUUGUGGUUGUUGUAAAUGAUAAUUUGAAGAGUCAUAACUCAUUCAACUGAAGUACCUCAAUUCCCUUAUGAUCAGCCCAAAUAACCUUUUCCCUCAACAACCCUGAUAUUCCAGGCUGAAAUGCAAGUGUAAGCAAUGAAAUCUCUUUAUCUCAGUGAAAAUGUUUUGGUAAGUAUGUGGUUUAUUUGUUUUUUAGGAAGACUGUAGAUACGUGGGCCUUAUAUCUCAACAGAGCUAAGAAUCUUAUUUUACUCCCUUCUAGUCCUUGAUUAGUAAGAUACUCACUCCUGUGUCAUAUGAUGUAACACAUCCACAUGGACUGCUUAAUCCAUUACUGUUGAGGUCAGGGCUCUGUCUUCCCUCCCUAGUACAACAGGAAGGAGACUGGGUAGAAAAGACAAAUCUGCAAAGAAUACACACAAACUCUUAAUGAAAAUUAAAUUUCUCUUACCCCCAGAAAUCUGAAAUCAUUCCUAGGAAAGAGUAUUUUGUGCAUUGUUACACAGUGUGUUUUAAAAAGGCCAAACUUUUCAAACAAAUUACUGUACCAUUCAAGUAUUUCCUUUCAUAUAUUUUGGUAAAGUGUUUGGUCCAUUAUGAGACUCUAUCUAAUCAGUUCCUAAACAGAGAAAUUAGGACACUAGUUCAAAUACUCUGCCAGUCCUUGUCUCUUCUAGGACCUGGAGCAGUUCUUUACCAGACAAUAUUUUUGUCAAAAUUAACAUCUUGUUUAUUCUACCCACAAGUACACAGUCUGGAAAUGCAUUACAUUUUUUUCUGCUCAGAGUACCAAUCAGCCAGUGCCCAUCUGUCUGUUCCUGCCCUUUGCUGUUCAGCAUCAUUCUGCUUUUCUGGUCUGGAUUAAUAAGGAUUUUCUUGCCCUCAUGAUACAAGAACACAUGUCACGCUCAGAUUUUGCAAUUCAAGUGACUGUACAUUGCAGUUCUAAGUGGAGAAAUUAUGAUCAGUGGAUUUUUUGCUUUGCUGGCAGUAGGUAACAUUUAUUUUCUAAAAUUUUAGCUGGUAUUAAUUACUCUAAUAAAUAUAUAAUAGCAUCUCACUUAGGAUCUGAAAUCUUCUCUUUGGAGGACGAAAAGAAGAGACAACCAGAAAUCCAGAAAGAGGAGAAAUAUGACAAUUAGAGAAUGGUGUUUUCUUCUGGUAAUCUUUUAUCCAAGAAGUGUUAACCACUGUUUAAAAAGGAACUGUACAAAGAAUAGGCAUUGCUACAGUCAAAAUCAUCUGUUGGUUUAAUGCAGAAGAUAGAGCCCUGGGUUAUGUCUAACCAGAGCCUGACAUGUUUUGAAUUUAAUCAGAUGUCAGAAAACAGCUCAGACCACAAAAAAGCUCUGGAUAUAUCCUGUAUGAACUGAGAAAAUAAUUAUUUAUUCUCAACAGUAUCGUUGAUGCCAUUGCUUUUGAAAGAGGUGAAUCAUUUAUAUAAUUGCUUCCAUAACUUGCGUUAAUCAGAGGUUUUUCUGUGCAAUAAACACAUUCCACUUUUUCAGGAGAGACACCCUCUUUUCAGUCUCUCUAAAAUGAUCAUUAAGAUUAUGCAAUUUAUUUCUGUACUGGGCCCUUUUCAAAGAUGAGAAGGUCAUUGUUUUGAGUUAUAUUCAGGAAGAGAUCCGUGGAAGAAUGUAGCAUAUAUUUAAACUACAGGAGAAUAUGCGGCAUAAUGUGAUGGCUAUCAGUGUCUGAGGCAGUGUCCAUUGAAAUCCAUGGACAGCUUCACUGGCAUUCCGUUCCUGAGACCAUCAAGAAAAGGUGCUGAAGAAGCCUUUCAGCUGGCUAUGAAAUGUGCAGUCAGUCCACUAACUGCCAGUGCCCAGGACAGCAUAUUUAUACCAGGUAAUAUUUCACACUCUAUUAUGUCUUUCUGAGGGAAGAUACAUCUAUGAUUGAAGUGUUUUUAAUUCUUCAAACCAGAAUAGAGUGAAGGUGCGAUGCUGUACAGCCUCUUUCUUUCAUGAGACAUUGAUUUCAGGCAGUAUGAACUUCAGUGCCUUGCUGUAUCCUAUGACAAUCUUUAUCCACUUCUGCAGUGCCCUUUGCAUCACCUGAGUACCCAGAGCUCUGACACCAACGUCCCUUUGAGAAGCACAGGUUCUCCAGUAGAGUAUCAGAUGUGCUUCUCACCUUCCACUUUUUUCAUUGACAAGGCA